AUGUCGAAGAUAGAAUUAGGUCGUUAUUUAUUUGAAAGAUUAAAACAAGUCGGUGUACGUACCAUCUUUGGUUUACCUGGUGAUUUCAAUUUAGUAUUACUUGACAAAUUAUAUGAAGUUGAAGGUAUGAGAUGGGCAGGUGACACCAAUGAAUUGAAUGCAGCAUAUGCUGCAGACGGGUAUGCUCGUGUCAAAGGUAUGGCUUGUAUGGUGACUACAUUUGGUGUAGGUGAACUUUCUGCGUUAAAUGGUAUUGCAGGUUCAUAUUCUGAACAUGUUGGUGUUUUACAUGUUGUAGGUGUACCAUCAACUUCAUCACAAGCAAAACAAUUAUUAUUACAUCAUACGUUAGGUAAUGGUGAUUUUACAGUAUUUCAUAGAAUGUCAGCAAAUAUUUCUCAAACAACUAGUGUAAUUACAGAUGUUACUACUGCAGCAUCAGAAAUUGAUAGAUGUAUUAGAUCAACUUAUAUAUAUCAAAGACCUGUUUAUUUAGGAAUUCCAGCUAAUUUUUUCGAAUUAAACUUACCUGCAUCAUUAUUAGAUACACCAAUUGAUUUAUCAUUAAGACCAAAUGACUUAGAAGCAGAAAAUGAAUGUGUUGAUGAAAUUAUAAGAAUGAUUCAUAAAGCCAAGAGUCCAAUAAUUAUAUCCGAUGCAUGUGCCUCCAGACAUAAUGUUAAACGUGAAACACAAAAUUUAAUCGAUGUAACACAGUUCCCUGCAUUUAAUACGCCAAUGGGGAAAGGUACCAUUGAUGAGAAUCAUCCAAGGUAUGGUGGGAUAUAUGUUGGUUCAUUAUCAAAACAAGAUAUUAAACAAACUGUUGAAUCUGCAGAUUUGAUUCUUUCCAUUGGUGCAUUAUUAUCUGAUUAUAAUACAGGUUCAUUUAGUUAUUCAUAUAAGACAAAAAAUAUGGUAGAAUUUCAUUCGGAUCAUAUGAAAAUAAAGAAUGCUACAUUUCCAGGUGUUCAAAUGAAAUUUGUUUUACAAAAAUUAGUUGAAAAUAUUCCACAAGCAAAUAUAAAUUAUAAACCAAUUCCAAUUCCACAACCAUUACCACCUAAUAAUGAAAAUAUACCAGAUUCAACACCGUUGAAACAAGAAUGGUUGUGGAGAGAAUUGAGUAAAUUCUUAAUAGAAGGUGAUAUUGUAAUCACAGAGACCGGUACUUCAUCAUUUGGUAUAAAUUCUACAAUAUUUCCCGCAAAUACUUUAGGGAUCUCCCAAGUGUUAUGGGGGUCCAUUGGUUAUGCUGGAGGUGCUGUAUGUGGUGCAACAUUUGCAGCUGAAGAACUUGACCCAAACAAGAGAGUUAUCUUAUUCAUUGGGGACGGUUCUUUACAAUUGACAGUACAAGAAAUAUCUACCAUGAUUAGAUGGAAUUUACAUCCAUAUUUAUUUGUUUUGAAUAAUGAUGGUUAUACAAUUGAAAGAUUAAUUCACGGACCUGAAGCUUCAUAUAAUGCAAUUCAAAGUUGGGAUCAUUUACAACUAUUACCUGUGUUUGGUGCAACAGAUUAUGAAACGUAUAGAGUCUCUACUGUUGGUGAAUGGAGGAAAUUAACUAAUGACAAAUCUUUCCAGAUGAACUCUACAAUUAGAAUGAUAGAGAUAAUGUUACCAGUGAUGGAUGCACCUGUAGCAUUAAUAGCACAAGGGAAACUAUCGGAACAACUGAAUGCUGCAAGUUAG